GGAGGGGCGAGGAGGGGCGGCCCAAGCGGGGCAGCUCCCCUUCUCGCCCUGGCCCUGCCCGCGCCGGGGCGGGGGGAAGCGGCCUUGAAUCACCGGCGGGUGCCCGUCGGCUGGCCUCCAGCGGGGCAUUUAAAUGCCGGCCGGGAUUCAGCCCGAAGCAGCCGAAGCAAGCAAGAGGCGGCCCGAUCGCGGCCCCCCUCCCGCUCUGAGAGGAACCCGCGCGGUCGAGUCCCUCACAACCAGCCAGCCAGUCAAGCGGGCGCCCGGCAGCUCUUGGCGCGCUUCCUCCGCCUGGCCCGGCUUUCCCUCAGAGCAACCAUGCGGGCCAUCCCCGCGCCGGGCAUCCGCUUCCUUCGCUCCUUCUCCAGGGACAGCUGGUACCGGGGAUUAAUUCUGGUGCUAACGUUCCUGUGCUACACUGCUUUUCACCUCUCACGGAAACCCAUUAGCAUUGUAAAGAGCGAACUGCAUUACAACUGUUCUUCACUGGGAUCCAGGCCAAACAAUGCGUCCAACAGCACCACGUGGUGUGACUGGAAACCCUUCGAUCAGGAUAACUAUAAGGAACUGUUUGGAGCCCUGGACAAUGCUUUCUUGGUUGCUUAUGCAAUUGGGAUGUAUAUCAGCGGGAUUUUCGGUGAGCGUCUUCCUCUGCGCUACUACCUUUCUGGAGGCAUGUUGCUGAGUGGUUUAUUUACUGCCUUAUUUGGAUUGGGCUACUUCUGGAAUAUCCAUCAAUUAUGGUACUUCGUGUUUGUACAGAUCCUGAAUGGCUUGGCUCAGACAACCGGCUGGCCGUCGGUGGUGACCUGUGUCGGCAACUGGUUUGGAAAGGGGAAGCGAGGUUUAAUCAUGGGCAUCUGGAAUUCGCACACAUCUGUCGGAAACAUCUUGGGGUCCUUGAUUGCUGGCAUCUGGGUCUCCAAGGCGUGGGGACUGUCCUUCAUUGUACCUGGAAUCAUUAUAGCCUUCAUGGGUGUUUUCUGCUUCCUGUUCCUCAUUGAAUAUCCAGAAGAUGUUGACUGCAGCCCUCCUCUUCACCAUGAGACCAGUUCUGAUGAGAAAGGUCUGGAGGCAGGACAUUCCAUCAGUGACGGGAGUUUGAAUGUGUCUACCAACAGCCGAGAAAACAUCAUUGACAUGGUGGAACAUGCCAAAGACUCUGGGGAGGACCGAGAAGCCAUCAGUUUCAUUGGUGCCCUCAAGAUACCUGGAGUGAUCGAAUUUUCCUUCUGCCUCUUGUUUGCCAAACUCGUCAGCUACACCUUUCUCUACUGGUUGCCUCUCUACAUCGUGAAUGUUGCUCGCUUAAGUGCAAAAGAAGCUGGAGAUAUGUCAACUCUGUUUGAUGUUGGUGGCAUUAUUGGGGGCAUCGUGGCUGGUCUCAUCUCAGACUACACUGGUGGCAGGGCCACCACUUGCUGUGCAAUGCUUAUCCUGGCAGCUCCCAUGCUCUUUUUGUACAACUAUGUUGGCCAAAAUGGACUAGGCACAUCCAUAGCGAUGCUCAUUAUCUGUGGUGGCCUUGUCAAUGGACCCUAUGCUCUCAUUACAACUGCGGUGUCAGCUGAUUUGGGUACUCAUGAAAGUCUUCAGGGAAACGCCAAAGCUCUCUCCACAGUCACAGCCAUCAUUGAUGGAACAGGAUCUGUAGGUGCUGCUCUUGGACCUUUGCUAGCAGGUUUGAUCUCCAGCUCUGGAUGGGAUAAUGUCUUCUACAUGUUGAUUUCAGCCGAUAUUUUGGCAUGCCUGCUCCUUUCACGAGUGGUAUUCAAAGAAAUUCGAGACUGGUGUGGCUGCUAUACAAGAAAAAGAGGGUCAAUCACCAUUUUUUGAACAGUUAUGCUCUGGGGCCAUAAAUCCCGCUUUAAGGAAUUCUGAUGUGGCCUGCCUGGCCAUAGGAGUCCACCGAGGCAAGAAGAAACAGCAUUGCCAAGAGGGUCGGUUUGUUGCCACCCACCCACGCAUGUGGGACAAAUUAAUGACGCUCCAAUGUGCUCCAGAGACAAAACUCGCCUACAAAAAAGCUAGCCAGGUCAAUCACUGGCUUCACCUUCGGUUUUUUAAAAUGAUUGACAGUGGAAAGCAGGGGAAAAAAUACAAGAGAAAAAGAAUGAGCAUAUUUGGGAUCCAGUUGGAGUCCCCGGACAUUUGUUUUUCUAUCCGUUGCCAGAUGCAUUCCAUUUUGUUUUUACUAUUAAAACCAGAGAACCAGUUCUUCAGCUGGGGGAGGAAAAAGCUUCGGUCCUCUUGUAAUUGCUGCUUCUUCCACGGUCCAAUUUUUCAUUUCUGGAGAUGUUUUUAUUUUAUGCAAAACCACUGCCAAGUGUGUUUAAUUUGAAUUACAAGAACAACCCAGGGAAAAGAGGUUUCCUCUUAUAGCCAAACACUUUUUUUUUUACUAAAAGUUGUAUGUUAAUGAUAGCUAUUUCUACUACAAGGACAUGAAGCUCAAUGUAAAAUAAUACCACCAGCAGAGGCUGUCACAGGGUGACCUCAGAAUGGUACUAAUAAACCAUCCUUAAAUUCAGAAAGCAAAACUUGUGUUGUAGAGGUGAAUAACCUUUGGGAGGAAAAGGCUAGUGAGUUUCAGAAAAUGAGACACGGCAAGCAUUUUGUUGUUGUUGUUGAACCUGCAAAUUUAAGGGACAUCUCGGAAGAAGGAAACAACAAGCCACUUCCACAACUCUGUCAGAAGAUCAAAUCAUCCCAUUGUCUAUUCCUACUUUAUGUCUCCCAUAAUCCUUAAAAUACCUUCAACUGGAAAGCCAAUGUGAGGCUAAUGCAAAGAUUUAUUCUUACUGAAAGGAGGCUCCUCUAGAAGAAAUGUUCAAUAUUCUAACCUCCCCUGCUUGUAAUUGGUCGGUUGCAAUUGGUCAAGUGUGAUCAAGACUUCUUGGACCAACUGGAUCUAAUUUGGACAGACAGGAAUGAAAACAACCCAUCUUCAUUGAGCCAGACUUGAGACUUUAUGCAUCUAAUCUCUUUUUUCAUAUCUCGCACCAACAUAAGAGAGCUGCUGCUCUUGAUGCAGGCAACAUGGCCAGCGUGUAUUUUGCUGUAAGCUCUGUUUACCCCAGUUGUCUGAGGGCAAAUAGCUACAGUGGAUGUCAAAGUAUUCACAUUGGAUGUUUGAAAGAAUAGUCAGAUCAGCAGAAUGGGGCUUUCAUGCUGAUCUGGGAUAUAGCACAUUCCUCUAGGGAUGUGUUUGAGUUUGUUGAAGGUGGCCUCCAGGGUAAAACACCUCUCUUCAGAUCAUCCAUUGCACAGAGAUUCCUUAAGAGUUAGGUGUGAAAGAAUGCAAGGUUUAGGUCUCUGCGGAGCCCUCCAUUCUGCUUUUGUCAUCUAAUGUUAUGGAAAAGAUGCUAGUGGAAUUCUCCUAGGGAAUUAAUACAGGGUGCUUUCAUUUAACUCAGUUAUCAGUUGGCCAGGGAUGUGUUUUGUCUUUCAUUAAGUUCAGUCAUUGUAUUUUCAGUGGACUGCAGUGGACUUUAAAUGGUUCAGGGAACCACUUAAAGAAAGAGAUGCAAUAGAAACUGCAGUCCACUUUCUAUUGCAUCUCUUUCUUUAAGUGGUUCCCUCCAGCUCUCUGAUUUAUCUCAAAUCACAGCGGAAGACCACAUGAAGGGAAUUUCAUCCUCCCCUCCAAAUUAGGAUCCCCCCCUCCCCCAGAUUAGUGAAGUCAACCAAGGAAGCUGCAGAGGGAUCAAAAGAGCAGUCAGUGUCUGUUAAGUUCAGAAGAGAGUAAGUUAAACAGUGCCAAGUCAAAUUGGAAAGUAUUUCAGCCAAAUAAGAAAUAUCAUGAACUCCACUAGCAAAAGUUUAUGUCAUAACAAUUCUUUUAGGCUUUAGAUCAGAGGUAUCCAACCUUAGCAACUUUAAGACCUGUGAACUUCAACUCCCAGAAUUAUCCAGCCGGCUAUGGAAGAAUUUUGGGAAUUGAAGUCCACAAGUCUUAAAGUUGCCAAGAUUGGACACCCCUGUUUUAGAUUAAUACGAAGCUCUGGAUAGUUUUUGUAAUGUAUACCAUCUUGUAUGUAGAAGAAUUUGCUAGUGAUGAAAUCUUGUGAUGUAUUAAUUCCAUUCGUGUAACAAGUAAAGAUUCACCAUGAAUUUUA